CAGCCACCGAGAUUAACGCUGCUGAUGGGAUGCCGGUAACGAUUCACAACGGUAGACAAAUACCAAAAAAUACAUUUAAAAAAAAAACUUUAUCCGAUAUAUUUUCGCUGUUAACCGAGGAAGAAGUCGGCACAGGUGGAAUUAGUCAGCUAAAAUACAGUUUAAGUUUGAUAAACUAGCUAACAGUAACGCUAACAGAAACUUUUGUGCUCUCGCGCACUAAAACAAAAAAAUGUCGGAGGUAAAUAUCAGCUUGUUGGACUUGUUGAAUUUAUCUAUCGGGACACCUGAGAAGGGUGCGGUCAACUUCAGCGCCCUGCACACCCUGCUCCACGCAUUGCUCCGGCAUCUGGGUAUCCGUGAGGUGAAGACCCGGUGGAGGGACACUCCUCCCGGCGAUGCUCUGGAGGACAAACACCAAAGGGACAUCUCCGCGGCACAGCAGGAGGCUCAGCCCGGCACCGAGAAGCAGGAGCGGACAACCACCGUCUCGUCUCCGACCCCUUCCUCCGGCCACACGGCGGACAGCCAGUGGAGGCUCCAGUCCCGCAUCCAGACCUGCGAGGACAGCGUGUCCAAGGCCAUGAAGCUCCUUCAGGAGCUCCAAAGCCAAAGAGAAAAUAUGAAGGAAGAGAUGAAGGAUCUCCACCACCAGCAGAAGAUGGUUGAUGCAGGUCAAACAGAGACAGUCUCUGACGUGGAGAAGUGCUGCCACCGGGUGGACGCUCUUGAGGACACUGUGAGAUCGCUAAGGGAAAAAUUUCCAAAGUAUCCAGUUGCAGAUGAGCUGAGUCAGUGUGUGACCUGGGACAUCAUGCAGUCGGCUCUGCUCGGCAACAGAGAAAACCUGCAGAAGGACUGUGUCAAUUCAGGAGUUGAUGAUCAAGCCACAUACACACCUUUCAACAGCAACUUUACAGCUGAAAAAACAGCAACUUCUCAUACCAGCACGCCCUCAUCCCCCCAUCCUGUGGAAGAUACUGGCCAGCCAGCAGCUCCAAUGAUUUCUGCGCAGAUUUCAACGGACACUGGGACAGCCACAGGGGCUCCUUCAGUCCUGUCAGGGCCACUGCAGCAGACUCGUGCUAAAACAGACUCGACUGCUGCUAAUACGCCCCUGACUCAAAAGGCCAGCAGUGUAGAGCGCUACUCAGAUACGGUAGAGGCCCUGAGGGACAUCGGCAAACUGAGGGAGAGAUUUAGCAAACUUGAAGCUCGUGUUGCAGCACUGGAAGAAGGAAAGCUGGACAAUUUGGAGGACAUGUUUAUGAGUGUAAUGAGCCAAGACAGAGAAACCACCUCAGAGGCGUCUUCAGGGAGUGAGGAGUCACACAGCAAAGUCUCUAAUGAGCUCAGACAGCAAAUGUCCUACCUCAGGAAGUGUGUGCAGAGGCUGGAGGAGGACAUGAAGCAGCUGAAGGCUAAACAGGCUUUAUUUGUGGAGAGAAUAACAGACCAACACCUACAAGAUCAGCUGGACGACCUGCGAGGCAAGUUGGAGGACAUGAUGCAGUCCUUGACCUCUCAGCUGUACCAGGCUGGACAGGAUGAGAGCGAUGAUAGCCAGAGCCUCCGUCACAGUAGAGAGGGAUCAGCUUUCACCAUCAGCACAGUGAACAUUGGCAGGGAGCUCAGCCUUCUGUUCCAGCAUUAUGAGCAGCUGCAGGACACUGUGAACAAACUUCUCCAACAGCAGGCUGGAGACAGAGCAGGGACACUGCAGGACGUAGAGAACGUUGAGCUGGUGAACGACGUGCAGAAGGCAAUCCUGCAGCUUCAAGCUGAGUGUGAAAAGCUGCACGAAACUGCCAGAUGUCUGGACGAAGACAACAGACUGAAACAGAGCCAUAUAGAGGAGCUGUACAAGACGACAGAGGAGCUGGAGGAGAAGAAGGCCGAUAAGCAGAUGGUUGAGAGUGAAAUCAAAGCAGACAAAUCUGCUCUGGAGAGCAAAGUGAGUCGUCUGCAGUUUGACUCUGCAACCGAGCAUCUCAACGCCAUGUUCCACGAGUUGCUGAACAAGGUGACGGGCCAGGAGCAGGACUGGCACAAAGUCAUCGACAAACUCUCCACUGAGAUGGAAUGCAAGCUGAACAGGAUUGAGUUGGACUCUGUGAAGAAGCAGCUUGAAGAUCGCUGGAAGAACAUCCACGAGAAGCUGCAGGCUCAGGGAGCUCCAGAGCACGAGGACGCUGCCGGUAUCAGAAAACAGCUGGUGGACAGAUUUCACUGCCUUUCCUGUGACCGACCUGUUGUCAUGCACACCCCCGCACAUGAAAGGCAUUUGGUGAAGCUGCCUUCCACUCCUGGAUUCCCCUCGCACAAGUCCAUCAGGCCAUUCACUGUGUACGCCCUGGAGCAAUUCCGACAGCACUACAGGAGCGAGCGGAUCUCUGAGAUGACAGAUUACAGUCACCUGGCGGUGUCGCGGAGCUGCGGGGGGAGUCACACAGUCACCUCAGCCAGCCAGCGACGCACCGGCCUGCAGUCCAUGAAGCACCACACCCAGACAGAGGUUGACGGCGUGAUUCAGACAGAGGAGGUUGAUAUCAUCGGACUGGACGGGCAUAUUUACAAAGGUCGCCUGAACGCACCUGCCACCAAAAAUACAGAAACUAAACUACCUACAAUCUCCACCAAAGACGGCAUGUGCAAAACUAAAGACAAAGCCAAGUGCUCGCUGUCCCACAAACCUGCCGCUUCUCCAGAGGUUUCUCAUCACCCCAACAGUGCCAAGAGCACCCAGUGCAGCCGCUCAGCCUCCAGCAGCUCGGGGCGGGACUGGCCUGUAUCAGCACUGGGCUGCACAUCUCAGAGCUCCGUCACUCCGGCUUCAGCAGCGGCAGAGAGCAACACAGAGCCUCAUGCUGACGAGCCACUCAACCUAUAGGGGGCGACACUCAGCACUCCACUCUUUUUCAUACGUAAUUAACUCCUGCAGAUAAGAGGUACUCUGCUUUCAUCCUUUUUUUUAUCUUCAUUUAAUUCAUUUGUUUAUUGUUGUAACCCUUUUUUUGCUCUAAAUGUCCCAUAAAUCAUUUGUCAAACA